CACACGAGCAAUUUCAUAUUAUCUAAGGAUGUUUCGGCUUCACGGAAGAUUUUUCUAUGAGUCGUGAUAAUGAUCAUAAGUGGGCUUUCUUCCUAAACCCUUGCUCUGCCCUCCUUGCCCCUGUCUGAUAUUCCCAAGCGGUGAUCAAGACGACACGCCGUCACCCCCAAUCCUGAAGAACACACUGACCAUACCUCCCCAUCGGCCAACCUCUAUCAAGCCUUGUUUUUCAUUUAAAUUGGCUCGGAUCCAGCUGAAUUCGCCAGACUACGAGGAAUUUGUUCUUGUCGACCUCCACUCGCUAGAUAGUUUCAGAGUCAAAGAAACUCGAUCUAUACUGAACAUUAAGACAAGCUCGAAGCCUCGAAAGUAGCAGCAAAUAGUUGCGUUUCACCCCCGUUGCAACAACCCCGACUGUCUUGCUAUCCCGUCGCGCAAUCCCCCCGCCGUCGCAAUACAAUCGGAUUGAUGAGCCCUUGCAUCUGCGACCUCCACCCACCAUCGCGCCAAACGCCACACCCGGCUUGACAAGCAUAUAGUAACGACAUACCGAAAGCGAGACAAGAAGAACAAGGCCCGUGAGAGUAGUAUCAUUCCGUCGCACCAACCGGCCAUCCUACCCCUCAAUUGCUUCAUUGCCCCGUUGCGAUCAAUCAAAACCGCGUACCAUGUUUGACGUGAAUUGGAAGGACCUCUUUACCAACCGGGACCGCAGAGGAUUCCCUGAGGUCGUGGUUCCUCUAGCUAGUGGAUCUGCUCCAAAGACUCAAAAUGCCGGAUCAAACUCUAGUCUUGACAUGGCUUCUGUCCAAGAAAAUGGCGCUAGCGGUGUUCACGCUGGAACCACACUGACCUUGGAAGCACUACGAGCUGAAGUUGAAUCGGAUAUCGCUGCUUCAGGGCACGACACUGUUUAUGACCGAAAGGCGAAAAUUAUCAACAGAGCUGUCCAGGACAUUGGUAUGGGCCGCUAUCAGUGGGGACUGUUUGUUCUCUGCGGUAUGGGCUGGGUCGCUGAUAACCUGUGGCUACAGGUAUGAUUGAUACUGCUCGACCGAAUCUGAAAAUCUAAGCUGACAACAUGCAGGGUGUCGCUCUCACGUUGACUCCAAUAGCUAUGGAAUUUGGCGUAUCCGAGACUGAUUCUCGAUUUGCCACUUGCUCUUUGUUUGUUGGUCUGAUCAUCGGUGCUUCGUUCUGGGGUAUUGCUUCAGAUGCUAUUGGCCGACGUCCAGCUUUCAACAUGACACUUGGUAUUUGCGGCACGUUUGGUCUUGCUGCUGGUGGUGCACCAACCUGGAUUGGCACAUGUGCGCUUUAUGCCUGUUUGGGUCUUGGUGUCGGCGGAAAUUUGCCCGUUGACGCAGCCGUUUUCUUGGAAUGUCUGCCUCCAAACUCCAGUAGUAUUCUCAGUGGACUGGCCACGUGGUGGUCUGUUGGUACUCUGAUUGCCAGUAUGCUUGCCUGGGCUUUCAUCCCCAACUUUUCCUGCGAAAGUUAUGCCACAUGCACUAGAGAAAACAACUGGGGCUGGAGAUACCUCGUGCUGUCUCUCGGAGCUCUUACCUUCGUUGGAUUCCUCUGCCGUUUCUUCCUCUUCACCUUGUACGAGUCGCCUAAGUUCCUCGUCUCCCGCGGUCGACAGGAAGAGGCGGUGGCAGCUGUUCAAGGCAUCGCCCACAAGAACAAGACUACUACAUGGCUCACAGAGGAAAUUCUCAACGAGCUUGGAGGGUACCCAGAAGAGAAUAAGAAGCAGGGCCUGUCUACCGGAGAGAUUAUCAAAAGGUCUCUAGAGAGAUUCUCCUAUCAGCAGGUCGCACCGCUUUUCAAGGACAAGCGAACUGCUCUCUCAACUAUUCUCAUCUGGUUCUGCUGGACAUGCAUCGGAAUGGGCUACACACUUUUCAACGCUUUCCUCCCGCAAUACCUAAGCGCAAACUCUACAACCUACGAGACCUACCGGAACUACGCUAUCACGGCAGCCUGUGGUAUCCCCGGGCCGCUUCUUGGAUGGGUCACCGUUGACAUUAAGUACAUCGGUCGCAAGGGAACGAUGGCCGGCUCGACGUUGAUCACAGGAAUCCUGUUGUUCUGCUUCACAGCUUCAAAGGAUCCCAAUGUUCAGCUGGUCUGUUCCUCCCUGGAAUCUUUCUUCCAGAUGAUCAUGUAUGGUGUUCUCUAUGCCUACACGCCCGAAGUCUUCCCCGCUCCCAAUCGCGGCACGGGAUCUGGUAUCGCUAGCUGCUUGAACCGAAUUGCUGGCCUCAUGGCGCCAAUCAUCGGAAUUUACGCCAGUACUGACCCAGUCGCACCUAUCUAUGCUGCGGGUGCAUUGAUCCUGGCUUCUUUCGUGGCGAUGUGUUUCCUGCCAAUUGAGACGCAGGGCAAACAGUCACUUUAAAUCAUCACGAAUAUACUAAGGUCUGAUUCAUGGGAUUUGCCAUCGGUGCAAGGUUUCAGUCUCUAGGAAAGGGACCAUAUAUAACAGUCAUGUAGGGCCAAUUUGCCCCCAGAGACAUCCAACCGAAAAACCGUUUUUCUGAAUCAGAAUUGCAAUUUACAAUAGAAAAAUGUAUGAAAUACUUGGGCCGUCUCAAACCUAAAGGCAUACCUAGCUGGAACGGACUUUUCUGAAUUCCGUAUUUUGGACAAAUUAUCAACGAUUGGUUCUAGCGUUGUCUUGACGCCUUUGUUCUUGAACGGCCAAAGCACCUGGUUCCACCAG